AUGGAACCAGAGAAAUCAAUAGAACCAUAUAAAAGUGAUAUGCGCGAACAUAUAACAGUGGUAAACAAAUUAGAUCAAGCAGUGGUUGUGUUUAUGAAUUCAGGAUCAGCACCAUUACAAAUCAACGAUGAUCAUUCAACUACCAUCUUUGCAAGUGCUGUCAAACAAAACAUUAAUAGUAGAGACUCUGCCAACUUUUAUGUGGAAAAAGAGACAGCAUACUUGCACGUGUUUGUAGUUGUCAAUGACACGGAUACCCAAUACUUGCAAGUGGUUCAAAAAUAUCUUCGAGUAGACACUAGAUUCAAUAUUCUUCCAAAGCAUCUGACAGCAACCUUGGCAACAGACAAGCGACUCUUUAAUAAACACUUUAGUCUAGUGGAGCAUAAAACUCGUACUUUGCAACCUUCUCAUCCUCUAGCCGCCUCUGAAUUGGUUGUUCUCAAUGAAUAUUCUGUUCCAGUUGCCGAUGAAGAAAUUCGUUAA